GCCGUUGCCGGGGAAGCAUCGCGCUCUGCCUCGUCAGUCACUCCCUUUAUUUACCUCUCGAAUUUACACCUUUCCGAGUGCCGUGAUCAAUCGAGUGGAAAUACACAAAUACGUACAUCUAUGAACGGUUUGGCUGUGUGUGUGUUCGUGUGUACGUGUUAAUGGACGUACAUGACUGUGUAGUGAACGGAAGGAAAGUAAAAGAAGAGAAAAAAAAAUAGAAAAAAAAACUCGAAAUAAAUGUAAGAUAUUGUUAUGAAUAAAAAAAUGAAUAAAAAUGUAAAUAUUGAAAGAAAAGUGAAGAAAAAGAAGAUUUAAUCAGAAAAUAUAUGAAAAAAAUAAAUAAAUAAAGUUACUAAUUAUAAAGAAAACUUAUAAACAAUAGAAAACGAGGAGUUUAAGUUAUCACAAAUUAGGAGGAACAGAAAAUGGAGUUAUUUUAAGGAAAACAAUUAAAAAGCAAAGGAAUAAUUUAAAAGUUAAUUAGUGAAGGCGCCCCCCAUACCUGUCCACACCUGCCCACGUGGCCCACACCUGCACAAUGACGUCCAUUAUGAAGAUAUACAGUAAAGCCACGCGUAGGGGUUCGGAUCCCAGGCUGCAGACGUGCCGAGGCAAGCUGCAGAACCGCCGCUCAAAGCUGAACCAGGAGAUCAACAAGGAGCUCAUGCUGAGAACCGGGGCUGAGAACCUCUACAAUGCCACACACAACAAGAGGAUGAAGGAACAGGUAUCGUUAGAGCUGCAAUUCGUCAACAGCAACUUACAGCUCUUAAAGGAACAAUUGGCUGAACUGAAUAGCUCCGUCGAGGUGUACCAGGGCAAAGGGUCUAAAGGCAGCAUCCCGAUGAUCCCCCUAGGCCUAAAGGAAACCAAGGAAAUUAACUUCAGAGAGCCGUUCAAGGACUUCAUCUUGGAACAUUAUAGCGAGGACCCUGACAAAUAUGAUGAAGCCAUUACUGAAUUUAUGGAGCUGAGGGCGGCUAUGAGGACGCCAGAGAGGGAUGAGUCAGGAGUGGCCCUUCUGCUGGAGUACUUUAAUCAGUUGUAUUUCAUCGACCGGAGGUUUCCCCCCGACCGGUCUCUGGGAAUUUAUUUUGAGUGGUACGACUCUCUCACUGGGACCCCGAGCUGUCAGCGCACUGUGGCAUUUGAGAAGGCCUGCGUUCUUUUCAACCUUGGGGCCCUGUACACGCAGCUGGGGGCCAGGCACGACCGGACCUCUGCUGCAGGUCUCGACGCGGCUGCCAACAACUUCCUGAGGGCGGCUGGCAUCUUCCGUUACCUUCAUGACACUUUCACCAAUGCCCCCUCGAAGGAUCUUAGCCCGGAAAUCCUAACUAUGCUUAUUCAUCUCAUGCUGGCUCAGGCAAGGGAGUGUCUGCAUGAGAAGACUUUCCUGGGACAUAGUGAGGAUCUGGAGACAGUGGUGGAGUUGGCACAGGAGGCGGCACAGGUGGCGGAGGAGUACUCGCAGGUUUUCAAGACAAUAUCCGGCAGCCAGGUCAAAGAUUUCGUACCAGCAUCUUGGGUCAGUAUGGUGAGGAUCAAGGUCGAAUAUUACCGCGCCUGCUCCCACUACCACAUGGCCGAGUCCCUCCUUACGCUGCCUGUCGGGGAGAAGAACGAGGAACAGCUGAGCCAGAGGGUGCGAGAGGCUCUGCAAUAUGUCCACCUGCCUCCUUCAAACAACACUACUCUUGAAAUCACUGUCCCGGCAACUUAUCAAGAAAGGGUAGUCCUGGGUCUGGCUCAUUGUCGUGAGUCGGUGCUGCUUCACGAGGAGGCCCUAAGACAGCAGAGAAUGUGCCGGGACCUCAAAAAGAAAUCGGUGCUGACAGAUGUCCUCAGGUUCGGCCACGAGUCGGCUGUGCAUCUCCUUGACCUUUACGAAGACGAGGAAGACCUUCACAACGUACUUGAUCCGCCACCUGUCGCUCCAGCCACCAAGUUCCAGCUGUCCCUCACAUCGCCAGAUUUCUCACAGCAUCGCGUUGAGGACAUGUUCAGACUCCUGGGACCUGUGGCAAUAUUCUCCGCCAAGCACCAGUGGUCUGCCCCCCGCCCCAUCACCCUCACCCGCACCCCCACCCAGGGUUUCGGCUUCUCUGUAAGGGGGGACGCGCCAGUCGUCAUCGCUGGGGUGGAUCGGAAUAGCCUGGCAGAGAGAGCCGGCAUGAGUGAGGGGGACCUGGUGGUGUGCAUCGGGAGCAGGGACGUGAAGUGGCUGCCUCACGAUGAAGUGGUCGGGCUCAUCAGAGAGGCCGGCAACACACUCUCUCUCACCCUCGUCACUCCCUGCGAUAAAACGUACUACAAGCUGCCCAAGAGCAAGAGUUUGAAGGACAUCUCUCCUCAUUCCACCACGAGCAGCAGUAGCGGAGUCAGCAGCAGCAACAGCAGCAACAGCAGCAGCAACGACAGCCAUUAUGGGUCAGUUAGCGGCUCCACUCUCUCCGCCAAGGACAAACACAAUAGCUGGAAUCCUUUUAAGCGGACCACAUCUCGGGAUAAAUAUAAGUCCGAUUCUAUGUUGGAUAAUGUUAUUCUGCGGUAGAGAGAGAGAGAGAGAGAGAGAGAGAAAGAGAGAAGUACUUGGUUUGUUUUUUUGUUUUUUUUUCGUUUUUUUAUAUUCAUUAUUUUAUUGUUUUUUUCUUAUUUUUUUCUUUUUUUUUGUGUGUAUUGAAAUAAGAGUUCGUAUUUUUUUCUCUUUUUCUCUAUUUAUUUAUUUAUUUUUUGUUUAUUAUACGAGACAAGAAAUGAGAGAGAGAGAGAGAGAGAGAGAGAGAGAGAGAGAGAAAAUCACCUUUUGUGUUUCAUUCUCAUAAAAGGAGAGAAAAGAAAGAAAGAGAAAGAGAGAGAGAGAACCAUUCCCCCCUCUCUCUCUCUUUCUCUCCCCCCACCUCUCUCUCUCUUUCUCUCCCCCCACCUCUCUCUCUCUCUCUCAGUAUAUCUCUGUACCAUACAAGUUUGCUCACCCGUGUAUAGAUAGCAGUAUUAUAUUUUACGUACACCAUCCAUUCCUGUAUCAACGUGCUCAAACUCUACAUAAUACCAUACAUAUAUUCAAACUGUAUAUAAAACCCAGGCAUUCUUUACUGCAGUAUUUUUUGUAUACAUACGUACAUACAUACAUGAUAAUAAAUAAUAAUAAUAAUAAGAUUCAUACAUAUAUAUAUAGUGCUUCGUAUGUAUGUAUGUAUGUAUGUAUGUAUGUAUGUAUGUAUGUAUGUAUGUUUACCUUCCACCUAUCCAGACCUCGUAUACAUAUUAAUAAAGGUGUAUGCAUGUAUGUAUGUGUGUGUGUAUGUAUAUAGCAGGUAGACAUAACAGGACAGUUUUAAUUGUAUUUUAAGUGUAAGAAAAUAAAGAAAACGUAUAUUUUUGUCCUCUGUAUAUUGUCACUGUAUUCUUGUAUGUAAAUAAUAGUGGAGUUAGUAUUCUUUAUGGUGUCGAAAAGUUAAAGGAAUGGUGUUGAUGGUGCAAAACUUAAAGGAAUGGUAUAUUUUUUUGGUGCAUAAUUGACAGAAAAUAAGUAUAAAGAAAAAAAAAGUUGAUUUUUACCGUACGUGAAUGAAAAGAUUAACGUACGAGGAAAAAUAUGUGGGAAUAUUUAUAUGUUGAGAAAAUUAGAAAAUGGGAAGGAAACGAUGAUUUUGACUUAGAGUGAGUGAAGAAAAGAUGAAUAGAUGGAAAGACAUUGGCUAUUGAGGAAUUGAGAAAGAGAGAGAAUAUAAUUUUGGAAAGAAUAAAAAGUAGAGAAAAAUGAUAAAUCCACAAGAAAAAAAAAAAACGAAGUAAAAAUGAAAAAAAUGAGAUAAUGAGAAAAUGAAUUUUAAAGAUAAAAAAAACUAAA